CUCACCAAAAAUCAAAGUCACACCGUGGGCAGUGCAAUGGAAUUUCCCAAUAACUCUCAGCUUUGGUCAAACAUGUUUGUGCUUGUGGGAAUUCCAGGCCUGGAGUCUGAUCACAUCUGGAUCUCUAUUCCCCUCUCCAUUAUGUACCUGACUGCAAUUCUAGGGAACGGAGUCAUAUUGUUUCUUAUUGCAUCUGAACAGCGACUCCACAAUCCCAUGUGUUAUUUCCUCAGUGUAUUGUUCCUCACAGAUAUCUUCUUGUCCAACUCAAUUGCCCCCAAGAUGCUCAGUAUCUUCUGGGCCAACAUCAAGGAGAUUGACUUUGUCUCCUGCCUCACACAGAUGUUUUUGGUCCAUUUCCUCUCAGCCCUCGAGUCUGGCAUCUUAUUGGCUAUGGCCUUUGAUAGAUACGUGGCCAUAUGCAACCCCUUGCAUUACACAAGCAUAUUAACAAAUACUUUGAUUCAAAAGAUAGUAGGGGCCCUUAUCAUCAGAGGAAUUAUCAUUGUGACCCCCUUAACCAUCAUGGCCAGCAGACUCCCGUACUGUGGGACACACCAUAUCUCCCAUUCGUACUGUGAUCACAUGUCCGUGGUGAAGUUGGCAUGCACAAGCACCACCAUAAACAGUGCAUAUGGCCUUACUGUGGUUUUACUAGUUGUUGUGUUUGAUGCAGCUUUUAUAGGGUUGUCCUACUCUAUGAUUCUCAGGACAGUUUUAGGACUCUCCACUAGGACAGCCAAAAAAAAAGCUUUGAGGACCUGCACAUCUCAUAUCUGUGUUAUUCUAUUGUCCUACACAUUGGGGCUCUUCUCAAUAAUUACCCACCGGAUCGGUCACAUUGUCCCCACCAUUCACGUAACCUUUUCCAACCUCUAUCUGCUCUUCCCACCCAUGCUGAACCCCCUAGUGUAUGGAGCGAAGACCAAAGAAAUCAGGAAUGCGGCCUUCCGCCUCUUUUUUCAUUCAUUUCCAUGGAAAGAAAGGAUUGUCAACUUUUUAUCCUAA